UCUUUCAACUUCAUUCCAAUAUUCUCUCGACGACAACCUCUUUUGCAGAGACCCCGAAUCCAUCAAUCACCUAUCCGAACCGUAGUCGCACACGUAUACCCGAGUUCUGAAACGCGACGUCCUUAUCGGAUUCCUCCUAAUAGUGCUGCUACCAACGUCGGACACUCCCACGAAGCUCCACACAAGCUCCAAAGCACCUCUUCCAUCCAUUGCGACAUCCACCACAUCGUCUUCACAACAACCACAGAGCAUCAUGACAUCCCCACCGACAACAGUAACCCUCCGCUCCCCCUCAAAAUACACAACCUCCUCCACCCCGUCACCAUCAACCUUUUCCGCCCCGCCCCUCGAAUGGCUCCUCCGCACCUGGUCCGUAACCCACUCCACCCUCGCAAUGUGGCGCGACGCCCGCAACGUCCGCAUCUCCUACGCCUCCAUGGCCCCGAAACCAGACGGCACAGCCCGCAUAGACGACCUCGUCGAGUACGAGUCCAACAAGACCCCGCACCCCUCCUCGGCCGUCAAAUCCGUCAAGGGCGUCGAUACCGCGUGCGCCGUCGGGGAUACCUCCGUCUGGGACUGGCGGGGUAAAGGGUGGUUGUUCUUUGUGGCAAGUCAUUGGGAGGUUCUGGGUUGGGGGGAACGGCGGAUUGAAGGGAGCGAAGGGGAGGUGGAGAGGUGGGCUGUGACGUGGUUUGCGCCGACGGUGUUUACCAAGGAGGGUGUUGAUAUCUAUUGUGAUCGGAAGGAGGGGUUGAGUGCUGCUGGGUAUGAGGAGGUUAUGGGUGCGUUGAAGGGGCUGGAGGCCAAGGAGUUGGUUGGGAUGGUGGAGAAGGAUAUGUUGCCUGUUGAGAUUGCGUUGCCCUGGAAGGAGGCGUGAGUGUUGUGUACUUGGAUCCUACGUUUCCUAGUCAGGCAUGUCUUUGAUUUGAGAUUGUAUAGCAGUGAUAUAAUACCUAGGCUUAGCAGCUGUCUAUUGAUAUUGAACCUAUCAUCACAAUUAAGGGUGAGCUCACAGC